AGUAAAGUUUACGUGUAUCAGUAGGCUUUGUAUAAAAAAAGAAAUAAAUUUUAAUAUGUUUGAAAAUUCAACCAAAAAUCCAUUUGAUAAAAGGUUCCCACUGAUGAUGAAUCCUUAUUUUAAACUUUUCUUCUUCAGGCAAACCAAAGCUCCCUUGCUAUAAUUUUCUCUCUUUGCCUCAAUCACAUUAUCCAUAGUCUUUCAUGGCGUCUUCUUCAACUUCUUCUCGUCAAAUGAAACACCAAGUUUUCUUGAGCUUUAGAGGUGAAGACACACGCCUUAACUUCACCAGUCAUCUACUCAAAGCUUUGAAAAACAGGGGACUGAAUGUCUUCUUCGAUGAAGAAAAACUAGAGAAAGGGGAGCAACUUUCACAAGCAAUUUCUCAAGCAAUUGCAGCCUCAAAUCUCUCAAUCCUUGUUUUAUCUAAAGACUAUGCUUCUUCGAAAUCAUGCUUAGGUGAACUCUCUCAGAUCAUGAAGUGUAAAAAGACUCAAGGACAUAUUGUUCUUCCCAUCUUUUACCAUGUUGAUCCAUCCCAUGUGCGAAAUAUUGGUGGGACUUUUAAGACAUCCUUCGGAGAGCAUGAAUCAAAGAGGCCGGUUGAUGAAGUGAAGCGAUGGAAAGCAGCCUUCACUGAAGUCGGUACAUUAAAAGGGUGGCAUAUAGAAGGAGGCAAAUUUGAUAGAUCUGAAACUGAGUACAUUAAAGAUGUGGUUGGAUAUGUUUUAAAAAAGUUGAAUAGCAAUUGUACAAGUGUUUCUGAAGAAUUGGUUGGAAUAGAAUAUCAGAAAAAUGCUAUUUUGAAGCUGAUUAAGCAAAAAGACUGUCGUGUAUUAGGACUUUGGGGAAUGGGUGGUCAAGGUAAAACAACCCUUGCUGAGGCUGUAUAUAAAGAAAUCUCUUCAGAAUUUGAAAGUAGUUGGUUUCUUCAAAAUGUUAGGGAGAAAGUAGAAAAACAAGGGAAGGAAUCUUUACGGAAUCAACUUUUUUCGAAAUUAUUGAACUCAGAUGUUGAUAUAGGCACCCCCUGCAUUAAAUUCACUUUAACUCAAAAGAGGCUGAUCAACAAGAAGGUACUUGUUGUCCUUGAUGAUGUUGAUGACAGAGACCAAAUAGAGUAUAUGGGUGUUGAAUAUUUUGGUGAUGGAAGUAAAACCAUUAUAACAUCAAGAGAUAGACAAGUGCUUGAGAGUGGAGGAGCUGACACAAUACAUGAGGUGAAAGGGUUAAAUGAGAAGGAUUCUCUUCAACUUUUUUCUACCUUUGCGUUGAAGCAGUUGAAUACCGCAGUUGGUUUUCAAGAUCUAUCCCGUAGGUUUGUAAAGUACACCCAAGGCAAUCCACUUGCGCUUAAAGUUUUGGGUUCUGAUUUAAAUAAAAGAAGUAUAAAUUAUUGGGAAAGUAAGGUGGAGAAGCUAAAGGACUGUCCCCCAGAGAAAAAAAUUGCAGAGGCUUUGAAAAGUAGUUAUGAUGGGCUAGAUAUAGUAGAGCAGAAUAUAUUUCUUGACAUUGCAUGCUUCUUUAAAGGGGAACCCAUAAAAAGAACAAAACUUAUUCUAAGUGGUUGUUAUAAGGGUGCAGACUGUGGAAUCAACAAAUUGGUUGACAAAUGCCUCAUCAAUGUCUCAUCUUCUCCAAAGUUCUUUCCUGGUUGGGGUUAUCAUAUAAUGCGCAAUUUGACAUUACCAGAUAUAAUUGAUAUGCAUGAUACGCUUGAAGAGAUGGGAAAGGACAUUGUUUGUCAAGAAUCUAAAACCCUUGGUAAGUGCAGUAGACUAUGGAAUCUUAAACACGUGGAAGAAGUGCUCAAAUAUAAUAAAGGAACAGAUCGAAUUCGAGGAAUAAAGUUAGACAUGCCACGUAUGGAUAACUUAUCAUUCCAACCUUCUGUUUUUAAAAACAUGACUAAUCUUAGAUAUGUUUUCUUCCAUUUUGCUUCGGGUUCGCCGCCAUAUUCGUUCGGGGGAAAGCUUAAAUAUUAUAAGCUACCUAUAUUCAAUCUUGAUAUUAAAUCUAUUCCGGAUGAGCUAAGGUAUCUUCGAUGGGAUUAUUACCCCUUCAAAUCUUUAUCAACAAAUUUUAAUCCAAAGAACCUUGUUGCAUUGAUAUUACAACAUGGAAACAUGGAACAAUUAUGGAACAAAGAUCAUCAGGAUCUUGUUUAUUUACGGGAAAUUAAUAUUUUUGGUUGCAAAAAUUUAAAGAAGAUCCCUAAUUUAUUAGGAGCCCUCAACCUUAAAACACUUGACUGUGAAGAAUGUGAAAGUUUGGUCGAACUUGGUUGCCUUGACCAUUUGACAUCACUUGAAACAGGAAUAAAAGAAGUACCUUUUUUCGUUAAGCUUCUCGACAGACUUCAACGGUUGACCUUGACAAAGUCAAUGGUAAAAGAUGGAUCAAGCAAUAUUUCAAAGUUGAAAUCCCAAAAAAAUCUAGAUCUCAGUGGUUGUCCAAUCGUUAAAUUUCCAACUGUUGAUGUGCCCUCACCAAGCUUGAGGUUUAAAAGCCUUAAGUAUAUGCAUAUGGGUGGUUGCACGAGCCUCAAAUUACUCUCAGAGCUUCCACCAUAUCUGCACCAGUUGGAUGUACAUGGCUGCAGAUCAUUAGAAAAAGUUUCCUUUGCGGAUCAAAAUUUAUAUCAGUUUGAUUCAUUAGAUGAUGAUAAUGAUGAUAAUGAGUUUUUCAUGCUAUUCUGUAAUUGUUUCAACUUGAAUCAAGAGUCAACUAAUAACAUUGAGGCCAAUGCCAUGCUCAAAAUUGGAUCCCUAGCUAAGGAAUGGGCAGCGACAUAUGCUGGGAAAUCCCGAGCUAAGGAAUGGGCAGCGACAUCUGCUAGGAAAUACCGGCAUGAUAACUCUUCAUAUUUUAUUUGUUGUUUCCCAGGAAACAAAAUUUCAGCAAAUAAGUUCAAUUGUCAGAGCAUGGAUUGUCAGAGCAUCUAUUCUUCCUUACGCAUGGCUCCUUCCUUAAGUUUGAAGAUAGCCCCAAAUGGGGGUAGUGGGCGCAGAUUUUUGGUUUUUGCUAUCUGCAUUGUGGUUGAUCUCACUUGCUACCCUAGAAGAUAUCCUCAAUGUAUUUGUGAGUACGAACUUACAGCCGACCGUUUUGGUUAUGAAAAGCGAACAACUGGAAUAUCUAUGUUAGGGCUUCGUAAGGCAAGGCAUUACAUGGGUGAUCACGUGGGUGAUCACGUCUUUAUUCUAUCUAGCAACAACAUGGUUAAAAAAGACCAGAAUUAUGUGAUGGCAUCAUUUCAAUUCUACAUCAAUGAUUGGGCGGGCGAAAAAGAGAUCCAGGUGGAGAGAUGUGGUGUUCAUGUAUUUUACGUGGAUGCAUAGAGUGAUACAGAUGAUACAGAUGGUACUGAAAAGUGACAUGUUGGGAACAAAAGAAGCUUUAGCCAUGAUGGUGAAGAAGGGGAUGGACUUAAAAGAUUGAAAUAGUAUGUAUUUCUUUCCAUCCUUGGCUCUGCUUUUGAGGAAUUUCAACUUCUGAAUAAUGUCAUCCUAAUGCAUAGCUAUAGCGUAUAUUGUCCAAGAAGAAAAUUCUUCUCCAUAUAUAUUAAUUAAUUUGGAGGAAAAUUGAACGGUAACUGGAGAUUUCAAUACAGUAGCAAAAUGAUUCUGCUUUGGAGUUGAUAAAAUAUCCACAAGGGAUUUUGGUGGGUACCAAAAUUCAGAUAUUAAAAUUCAUACAUAUUUCUAUUGACAGUUGACUUGUUAUUGGUUGGUUUUUUUUUUUUUAAUUCAUAGGACCAAUGGUGGACUCGGUUCAGCUUCAUUGUUUAGUUCUAGCAUUGGUGUCAUCUGAUUAGGGAAUGACAAAUCUUUGAGAAUGCCACUGCUGAAUUGGAGCUUUAGCCAUACAAGGAGGAACACCUGAGCUAUUUGUCAACUCAAAGUCAAAGUAAUCUUUUGAGCCCCUUUUUGGGUUCUGGCAAUUCAGUCUUCGUGGAGAAAAUUUGCAACAGAUCUCAAAACUUGAGGGAUAAACACAUGGAGCUGGAGGCAACCUUUGACAGUUUUCAUUCUCAAGCUAGAUUGGGUAUAGAAUAUAUUCUCCAAGAAGGAAAUUCUCCAUAUUAAUUGAUUUGGAGGAAAAUUGAAUGGCAACUGGAGAGAUUUCAAUACAGUAGCAAAAAGAUCCUGCUUUGGAGUUGAUAAAAUAUCUAUAAACAGCCCAAAUUAGUCGGAUCGUACUCAAAAUAUAUAUGUAAUUAGCUCAUAAAAGUAAGGGGGUUAGUGGUAGGUGCCCAAAUUUAGUUCUUAAGAUUCAUACUUAAAUUAUUUUUAGAUUGGUUGGAUUUAUUAAUUCAUAGGAUUAAUGGCGGACUUUAUUCAGCCUCAUUGUUUAGUUUCUAUCAUCGGUGCUCAUAUGUUAUCAACUCAUGAUUACAUGAAUUCAUGUUAAUUAGAAAGACUGGUUUCUCUUAUAACCUUUGCUUUUAUGUUGAUUUAGGAGUAGGUGUUUCCUAUUUGUUGUGAGAUUCGAUACUCAACAGAACUUGCAGAUUAUGGAUGGUUCUGAUAUCCUUUUUCUCACCAACAAAACAAGUUCCCAUGAAAUUUCUGGUAUUAAAGUCAAGUUUGUGACCAAUGCAAAAUAUUUUUAGCCAAUAAUGAGUUGGAGCUUUAGCCAUAUAAGGAGGAACACCUAAGCUGCAAGAGCUUCAAUUUCUUUUACUUGAUGCUUAUUUUAUUUAUGUGUUUGAACUGAUAUUUUGAGACAAUGCAAGUUGUCAACAGAUUUACCUUAUUGAUUCUAUUCAUAUGAUGGUUCAACGCAAAAUUGAAGGAAUCUUUUGAAUACCUUUUCUGGGCUCUGGCAAUUCAGUCUUGGUGGAGAAGUAAGUUACCUUUGACUUAUUAUUAUGAUUUUAGGUUCAUCUAAUGCUUAUUUUCUCCAGAUCUAUCAACGUAUUAUAUGAAUUUAGAAAUUCCGAGAGUAGCUCGUAUCUCAGAUCUUGUGGUAUGAACACAUGGAGCUGGAGGCAAGCGUUUGACGGUAUCAUUCUCAAGUUGGAUUGGUGAGCUUAUGUUUAUCCCAUUGAGGAACCCAAGAAGAUACUAGAAAAAAAUUAAAUGAUUUGAGUUUAGUUUGAAGUGAAGAGCUGGUUUCAUGGUAGAGCCAUUGGAAUUGAUUAUUUUCUUAUCUUGGAUUUUGAUUAUCAGAUCAAUUGGGGCUGAAAUUUCUUUUUGACUCCAUAGGAUCAGUGGUGGACUUCAUUCAGCUUCAUUGAAAAGUAGAGAUUUAAUCAUCUGUUGCAGAUUAAGGGUGGGUUUGAUAUCUUCUUUCUCACCAACAAAACAAGUUCCACAAAAUUUCUAGUGUUAAUGUCAAGAUGUCAGUGAUUGGUUUAAGAAAAGCAGAUGAGGAAAGAGAGAGUCAAGACGACAUUAAUGGCAGAUGAAUUUUCCUAGUUGAUGUCGUUCAACUUUGCUUCAAGCUUUCUGGUUGUUGGAGCUUUGGAGGAGCCAUAUGCUCUUGCCAAUUUAGCCUUCCUGGCAUUAACUAUUCUAUCUGUUGGAGUUUGAGAGCACUUUAACCGGGUAAAGUAAGAGUUGCAAACAAAGCACCAGCAGCAACGUAAUAUACUCGGGUAAAGAAUGAAGGCAAAAAUGCUUCCAGUUCAAGCUUUAAGAGCAGAAAUUGGAAGGAAAACAAGAACAGAGCUAAAGCAAAGAAAGAAGGAGCAUGAAGAAUAGUUGAGAGUAUUGAUGAAAAAAGAAUUGUAUUUUUUCAUACCUUCAUCAUAGGCAGAUUGCCAUUACAUAUAUCAAAAUAAAAAAAAACUUACAAGUCAAAUUUCUACCUAAA